AUGUUGUCCACCUGUGAGAACAGCCUCCAGCACCCUGCAAUCAAUGCAAAAUGCCAGGUGAGACUGUUGAGGCUUUACCCCGCUACGCCGAGGGCUCGCGUGCCCCAGGCGGCUUUCCACAUCGUCGACAUCGAUCAGUUGCCGUGUACUCCCUACAGGGCCUUGUCCUACUCUUGGGGCAAUAGUCUUGUUCAAAAUGAUUCUCAAAUAAUUGAAAUCGACGGUCACACCCACCAAGUUCGGGAAAACCUGUACAGCUUCCUGUGCAGUGUGGGACAGAGGGAGGAAUACGGGCUCUUCUUCAUCGACGCCCUUUGCAUCAAUCAGCUAGACAACGAUGAGAAACCAGAACAAGUCAUGUUGAUGGAUAAGGUUUACAAACACGCCAGGCAAGUGGUCGGAUGGCUUGGAGAUCCAGAUUGCCAGCAGUAUACGAACGUCAAGACCUUGCAUGAGAGCAUCCGUCAAGACCGCCGCACGUGGGACCAAGCAGCCUGGGAUGGUCUCACCUUUCUCAGCCAUGCCAGCUACUGGGGACGCAUGUGGGUUGUCCAGGAAGUGGUUCUCGCAGCCAGUAUGGAGGUGUGGUGCGGCCCAUUCACUUUCCCCGUCGAGCUAUUCGAGGACUCAUCUUCCAUGAGGGAUACCUCAAAGUUACGAUUCGCACCCGACGGGUCCCCUAAUAUAUCUCUAUCAGCCAGCGUCAGGUCGCAAACUCCCGCUCAAAUCAUCGUGACCCAUCGUUUAAGACACGUUCUUCGGCCGAUACGGCGGCCUGAGCUGGACCAGACACAUAUGAUGACGCAAGAAGAAAUUCAGGAUGCUCUACUAAAGCCCAGAGAUAAAGUCCAUACAUACAAAUCAGGAUUGAGAGAUUCGCUUUGGCAACUCAUGUCGAAAUUCGGGCGGCAAAAGUGCACCGACCCCAUGGAUAAACUCUACGGGCUACUCGGGAUCCUCCAUGAAGACACUCGAGACCAGAUCAAGCCGGAUUAUGGCAGAGGUGCCAUUUAUGCCUUCUAUCAGGCGCUGAGAGUCGGUUUACUCAGGCUUUUCCCUAUUGAAGACCGGAAGUUCGGUGAUCAAUUCCUGGACGCGGACCGCUCCUAUGUCUACUACUACUGUGAUGUUCGGAACGCAUUCUCCCUGGACGACAGAGUGACCAUGCCAAUCUUACGGCAGGUGUGUAAGGAGCUUCAACUGUACAGGAGGGGGCGAGACGCACUGUUUGAGGCCCAGCUUAACAGCAUCUACGGCUGGGGUAACCUCGAUCUUCGGCAUCACAGAGAGUUUGAGAAGGCAAUCUUGGAUAUUGCAGAGGACGAACCUCUAUCAAAGGACAGUCGACUCUUCCGCUUUCACUCAUGGCAGACGCGAAAGUUGACGAACUUAGCUGGUCGAUUCACGUCUAAAAGAGUAAAAUCACAGGGGUGGCAGCCCUUGCUUGAAGAUUGA